UGUAAAUAUUCAGGAAAUAAAAAAAAAAAUCUGCAGUUCUUCCCAGAAAAGAAACUGUUUCAGUUAAACAAAUGUUACUAAGUCAGCUGUAAACUUUACCUGCUUUGCGAAUUUCGACAGCCAAGAGGCAAGAAACUCGUCGAGAAAUUGCUUAAUGGUGGCACCUCUUCAGUUCACAUCGACUGUUUCACUGUUUCUCUUCACUUCCAUCAUAUGCAACAACGCUGUCCCAGAUUCCCUCCACCGCUUUGCAGAUUUGGGUCCUUUCAUUUUAAGUGGAAUCUUGCUUUGUGGUUGACAAUAUUACAUGGAUAACAGAAAUAUCAAUAACCAUACGAUUACCAACUCAAAUGAGCGAGGCUGCUGUUGUUGGAAUGUCCACUGAUACAACACCUCUUUGCAAAAUUGUUGCCUGGAAUCAAAGGAGGAAAAACUAAAGACCGAUGGAUGAAUCACAGGGCCAUUUCCUUCCCUCUGAUGUUCCUGAAUCUGUCCCUUCCAAUAACAGUGAAAGGCUUAAUUCAGGAGUGCAUGUGAAUCCUGGGUCUGGCUUUCCAGGAGCGAAGAAGAGAGGCCACAGCAGUCGUUCAUGGAUAAAGAUUGAUCAAGAUGGGAAUGUCAAGAUUUUGGAGCUUGAUAAGGCUAGAAUAAUGAGACAAUGUUCUUUGCCAUCCAGGGACCUAAGGCUUUUGGACCCUUUGUUUAUUUAUCCGUCAACAAUACUAGGAAGGGAGAAGGCUAUCGUGGUCAAUCUUGAGCAAAUAAGAUGUAUAAUUACAGCUGAGGAGGUUAUCUUGAUGAAUUCUUUGGAUAUAAAUGUGGUUCAAUACAAGUCAGAAUUAUGCAAGCGUCUUCUGACAAACAAAGAUCAAGCUGAUGACCUGCCAUUUGAAUUUAGGGCUCUGGAGCUGGCAUUGGAACUAACCUGCAUGUCCCUGGAUGCAAAGGUGAAAGAACUGGAAAUGGAGAUAUAUCCAGUGCUAGAUGAACUAGCAUCGUCCAUUAAUACUUUUAACCUGGAACGUGUUCGUAGAUUAAAAGGCCACCUCCUUGCAUUAACCCAGCGAGUUCAGAAGGUCCGAGAUGAGUUGGAGCAUCUUAUGGAUGAUGACGGUGACAUGGCUGAGAUGUACCUCACAGAGAAAAAACUAAGGUCAGAGGGUAACACCCCCAGUGAACUAAAUGCUCUAACUAAUUUUUCUGGUGGAACCAGACUAGUUUCAAAAUCUGCUCCUGUUUCACCUGUAGCAUCAACCAAUGGAGCCCAGAGAUUGCAAAGGGCAUUUAGCAGUAUUGUGCCUUCAAGUAAACAAGGAAGCUUAAUUAGUUCAUCAAAUGGUGGGGAAAAUAUUGAACAACUUGAAAUGUUACUUGAAGCAUACUUUGUUGUUAUUGAUCAUACUCUUAGCAAGUUGUUCUCGCUUAAAGAGUACAUUGAUGAUACUGAAGAUCUGAUCAACAUUAAAUUGGGCAAUGUUCAAAACCAUCUGAUUCAAUUUGAGUUACUUCUUACUGCCGCAACUUUUGUGGCCACGAUAUUCGCUGCUGUAGCAGGAGUCUUUGGAAUGAACUUUGCGGCUUCAAUAUUUGAUUACCCAUCUGCAUUUAGUUGGGUUCUGGUUAUAACAGGUGCUGGAUGUGGGUUAUUGUACUUCUCUUUCGUGUUAUAUUUCAGGUACAAGAAAGUAUUCCCAUUGUAAAUUGUUGAGCUUAAAGGCUAAUAACAUUAUUCUUCUACUGGCAUUGUUAGCUCAUAUAUUGCAUUUGCAUUCCGCCUUGUGGUGAUUGAGUUCAUAAGGUUUCGAUACUUCGUUUUAAAGUCUAAAUUCUCAUCUCGUUACUAGUAAUCUUCUUUGAUGAAUAAUUCUUUUAUGAAACUUGCGAUCUAUUCUGAUCUUGAAAUGAAAAGCCUUUUCUGGCAUUCCCAUUUUCGAUUUCUACAUUUUUAUGAGAUGAUGCCACCUUCUGCAAAGAAGAAGAUGAAAGUAAGCUACUGUUUAAAAAUGUGUACGACUUCCAAUAAUAGAAUAAAAAAAUGUACUCAAAGGGUUUAUAAGAAUGGGCCAGUGACCAUGUGAUAAUAUCCAAUGCCUGCUUUGGAAGAAUAUUUCUCAUAUUCAUGCAAUAAUUAGCUUAAAGAGUAUUUCCUACUUUAACCAAAAUAAGCAUGGAGGAAAGAUAAGAGGAAGUUGGCAAACAUGCAUGUUUGAAAGCAAAUGGUAUUUUUGGAGAAGGAGAAGAAACAUAUUGGAAAGCACUAUGCUACUGCAAAAAGUCAUAUGAAGCGAAGAUUUUUGGAUACAAUAAUAUGAUACAAAAAUUAUAUAAAAAAAACGAUAUGAAAAUCAUAU